ACGGUUAGACGUCACUAGUUCAGUUGCAAAAUGGCGAACGUUCGGGAUAGUGAUACAUCCUUGUGGCUUCACAAUAAACUCGGGAUUUCGAAUGAUUCGUGGACAACUGGUUCAAUUUGCACACAAUUAAAUGCUGAAGUAUUAAAAAAUAUCAAGGAUUGCUUCCCGGAUUUACAGACACAAGUGAAAUUGAAAUUGUUGCUUAGUUUCUUUCAUAUCCCGCGCAGAAAUGUUGAAGAGUGGAAAAAUGAAUUGGAAGAGAUUAUUGAAGUGGCAGGUGUGGACUCGGACCUCUGGGUUGCUAUGCUUGCUGAAGUGCUCAAGACAUUCCCAUCUGCAGGAACCCUUAAUACAGAGAUAGCAGAGUUUGAUGAGACAAGACCUAUAUUCAGUGAUAUGAUUAAUGAGCUCAGGAAGUUAUUGGCCAAGCAUUCAGACCUUGGACUCUUACCACUUGAGUGCCUAUAUCUAAAUAAAAAUGCCUUAGUUUCAGUGGUGGGGCAACAACCCAAUCCAGUGAAACAUUUUACACUAAAACGAAAACCCAAAUCUGUAGCAUUAAGAAGUGAGCUGUUGGCCAAAGCAGCCGAAGUUCAAGCCAACCAAAAGAAAGCCCAAGCUCCCACUGUACCCGUUAGGAGUAGGGGAAUGCCACGUAAAAUGACCGACACAACUCCUCUCAAAGGCCUACCAUCGCGGUGGACUGCGCGACCGGUUCCACAGCCAGUGCCUAGACCUACUCCGCCGCCCAGAGCUGGAAUUAAGCUUCUAGAUAUCACGGAACAGCCUGCCACACAUGCUCAGAUUAAAAAGAGGAGAAAGUUAGAAAUGGAAGAGGGUGUCAAGAAACCGCCACCAUCCACUUCGCCGCCACCGCCUGACUUCAAGAACAUCAAGACAGAGGAGACUCCCGCACCAAGCACCACCGAACCAACCACUGAACCAGAACCAAGCGAACAGGCAUCUGAAAGCACACCACCACCAGCCCAAACGCCAGUCCAAACCAAACCUCUGGUGGUCGGCGGUGGUAAACUGGUGCUUGCUCCAGGCAAACCGGUAUUACUCUCCACCCAGAACCUUCUCAACACACCUGCACUAUUGCUGCAGCAGGGCGGCAAAACAGUGCUUCUGCAGAACGUGAAGCCCAUCGCCCAUCCAGUGCUGCCGCAACAACAAGUGCAGCAGCAUGCUAUUGGUCAUCCGGUACAAGUUCAGCAACCGGUGCAACCAAUACAAACGGCGGUAGUACAACCUCAAGUGCAGCAACAGCAACCACAACAACAACAGCAGCAGCCGCAAUUAUUGCCCCGAAGAGGCCUCUCGUUAACACGCGAACAAAUGCUGGAAGCCCAAGACAUGUUCAGAAACGCAAAUCGCGUGACGCGACCAGAAAAAGCUCUCAUACUUGGCUUCAUGGCCGGCUCAAGAGACAACCCUUGCCCAAAUUUGGGCAAUAUCGUCACUAUCAAAUUAUCAGAGAAUAUCGAAAAUGUACUGCAGUCGGAUGACACCUACCUCACAAUGCUGUCGGAGAUGCACUUCCAGAUGAAUUAUAAUAAUGGCCAAUGGACGCGGCUUAAAAAGUACCGGCAUAUUGAUGGUAUGAUGCCACAAAAGAUUCCCCCGGGCUCCACUGUGAUAUCAGCCAACAACCAACAACCGGUUGUCUCAAUAGCCAACCAAAGUGUCGGCUAGUGUUAAGUGAAGUGACUUAGUGAAUGACGCUACCAUAGUGAAAUUGGGAGAAUGUGGAUUUUAUCUAUUCAAAGAAAAACUAUGAAAGUUUUUUGCUCUCCACGGCUCUGUUGGUGAAUACCACAUAUUCAUAUUCAACUACAGUGGAAGUUUUGAAUGGGCUAACAUGAUUCUCUACUUCCUGGUGUGAAAAGUGGUCACAGAAUAAAUAUGAACAGUGGUAAACGAGAAUAUAACACUUGUGAGGGUUAAUGUUCUCUAUUCUUGUGCUUUUAAAUUUAUUGACUAGCUCAUAUCUAAACGUAAUAGUAUUAAAAAUCGGCGUUAAAAUUUUGAUUUGAAAAAUUGUCUAACUCGUACGUUGAAUACGUGCCAAAAAAAUCACUAUUUCAAUAUAUGCUAGAUGUUAAUUAGCUAUUUGCUUUUAAAACCUAAUUAGAAGGAAAAUUAUGAGAAAAUAUUAAUUUCGAAAUAUAUUUAUAUGUAUAGAAAACAUUUCCAAUUCAUGUUUAUCUCAAGUAUUAAAAUACAAUAAAAAAUUCCAUAAUUUACAUUUUCCAUAAACUCUGUACCAAUGCUGAAGAGAUUGCGCAUUUCCUGACAUAAAGAAUCUUAAGAAUAACUUUCAUUUCCGAUUGCAUACAUGAGAAAUAUUCUAAUAUGUAUUGAAAUAUAAUCUUAAAACUAGGUAAACUCAAAAAUACUAGAACCUUGCUGUAAGUACCCCACUAAAAGAAGAAAUACAUGUGUACUUAUUUACACGCGUUAGAAGUUAUACUUCUUUGGCUUAACAGGAUAAAAAUCUUUUCAAAAAGUUAGUCUGUUAUAGAAAACACGACAUUAAUAAAAAAAACUAAUAUGUUGACUAUAGCUAACUUCUGGGUGUCAGUUUUUUGUGACGGUGUGCGCGCACAUCUUAAAAAUGUACUCUCAUCAUAUUGCCCUAACGCGACAAAAGUAGUAUAACUCCAAAUAAAGAUUGAGUAACAGUAUGGAAAUAAGCAUGUUGCACAAAGAUAUAAAAUCUACGUGCGUGUGUUCAUCAAUAUUGCUACAUUUUUGUAUUUCUUUAUAAACUCGGAGCAUAUUAUAUAUUUGUACACUUUUAUAAUAAAUGGUUUUAUCAUAAUUAUCCGCGGAGAACAAAUUGAAUUUGUUUUACACAUAUAAACAUAUCUUAAAUUUAUAGUAAAGCUGCUUUUUCGCGAACAAAUAAGAGUACUGAAAAUAGAGGAUAAAUGCGUAAGUCUCCCAACGUAAACGUAGGGCAUUAGACGCGUACGCAUACUCGUUUCGUACACUAGUAUUAAUGGUACACAUACGCGUCUAGUACACUGAAGUAUAUAUUGUACGUAUCUAGUACACGUACGCGUUUAGUAUAAUGGCCAUGUUCUCAAAUCUCACGCGACCAAGAUUAGUGUAAUUCACUGUAAUGUUAAGUAAUAGCUUUUUUAUCGUAAUUGGUUUUAUUAAUUAAUAUAUUUAGGAAAUCCAAGACUUAGGAUUUGUCAUAUGAGGCUAACGCAUACAAUGUACGCUUGGCAACCUUAAAUAGUAAAUUUGUGCGAGACCUUACAUAUUAGUCAACUGAGAGAUUUUUUGUAAUGAACGGUAGGAAAUUUUGAUUAGGUCUAAACAGUCCAUGGACUUUGAAAGACAGGAAGUAUUUUUAUAUCGUCGCUAUCCAAACAUUUUAGAUUUGUCCUGUGGUUUAUUCGGACUCUCUAGUAUCACUGAUUUUCUCUUUUGUUUCACACUCAAGACGAGUUGCAUGAAAUAGGUUUUUCUUUCUCAAAUACCUUUGCAUUGAACUGGCGCGAAAUAGUGCCUUAAUGUUUAAUUUGAUUACCAGAGCCACAUUAAGAAGGCUGUUUUGAUAUCUAUUUGGAGACAAGUGCAAACGAUCUUAACGAAUUUGAAAUUCGCCGUCAUAUCGCGAUUCUGGUAUGGCACAUGAAGAAGUUUCGGCUCGAAUCAGUGCCUUCACUUUUUUAAUAAAUAGAAAUAGAUCUUUAUGUUAUUCAAUAAAAAGGCUGAAUUUAUUUGUUUUAAAAUAAUUGGAUGUUUUGUAUCGUCGGAAAGCUGGAAUAAUUUUAUAAGAUCCGACAUAGCUAAAUUCAGUGUGAUGCAUCGAGUUAAGUAUCCCAUAGACAAAACACUUUUUCAUUUAAAAGUGAAUAAAUAAUGAUUUGUAUUACAAUAAUUAAUGAAAUAUUAUAUAUUUAAAACGACAACGGCGUAUAUUAUCGUGCUUUGCGUCAGCGUGUUAAACAAUAUCAGAACAUUUGCAAAAAUCUGUGGCCUUGCAACAAAUUUUACGAAUGAUUAUAUCAUAUAGGCAGCGGCACGUAAGUCUAGCGCUGGCCGAUACGUGGAGAGGAUUCAUGCGCAUGUGUACUGUGGUGCGGGGGACGGAAUGCGACUGGAGAGCCAAUCGACGCUCUUCAUUCCGCUAGCCCCCCUCCGGUACCUUAUUUUUUACUUCUGCGCAAUAACGGUCAGCGCUAGAGUUUCGUGCCGCAACUUGUACUAGUGGAUUCAAUGUCUUAAACCGAACGCCUCAUGUCGGAUCUUAAACAUGCAGACUAAGAUAAAUAGUUUAGGUUUUUAUUUUAAUAGAUGAAUAGAAGAGAUUUCUACGAGUGUUAAGUUAGUUUUACGUUGUUGUAUUUCUAUUUAAUUCACUUUGUAUAUAGUAGAUAGUACAAAAUAUUAAAGGAAAAACAUAUUUGAAA